AUGUCUAACAGGAAUUCCUCGGUUGGGGUAAAUCUGGGGGGACUCACAUACUACUCCUCCGAGAUCAAAUUUGUCGACGUAGCCAAAGAGUCGUCUAACUGGAUAACUCAACGAUGGGGGAACCAUGCUUGGGACACUCAUGAACUGGCAAAAGUUAAUAUGAGACAAGAUGGGUAUCCUGCAAGCUUACCAGAUGAUAUGGCGCUUGAAAAGUUGGUGCUUCGUUCUUUGUCACACCCACCCUCCGGGGUUUACACAAUUCUUUAUGACGGUGAAGGAGACAUUGAAAUCAAUCUUCUGCAUUAUCAAAAAGUAUACACCGGAAAAGGACGUAUGUUGAUCAACGUAACGAUUGGUCAGGCUGGUAUCGGUAUAAAACUUCGACGAACCAAUCCGGCGAACCCUCUACACAAUCUACGUGUCAUUCUCCCGGGGUUUGAAGCCAGACAUGAACAUUUUCCGUUUUAUCCGCUAUUUCUAGAGAGUUUGGUCAGAUAUUCCGAGUUCAGAUACAUGGAUUUCCUUCAUACAAAUGGUCACACACCCGAACCAACAACAUGGGGUAGCCGAAAACACACAACCUACCACACCCAAGCAGGAACGGAGGGAGGUUCCCUUGAAUACGCCAUUUUACUAUCCAACAUGCUGGGAGCCAAUCCGUGGUUCAACAUGCCUCAUGCAGCAGACGAUAAUUUUGUCAUGCAGUUUGCCAAACAAGUGAAUCAAACCCUAAGACCAGAUUUAAGGGUAUAUGUGGAAUAUUCAAAUGAAGUGUGGAAUGGUAUAUUUCGUCAGAAUCAUUUUGCUACAGAGAAAGGUCACAGUUCAGGGUUAGAUUCUGGUUGGAAGGCUGCUUUCAAAUAUUACAACAAACGCUCUCAUGAAAUGGCACAGAUAUGGAGAUCGAUUUAUGGUGCCUCUGAUAAAUUAGUCCUUGCCUGGGCCUGGCAGACAGGAUAUCAAGAUUAUACUCGACAGGCUCUAGAAGACCUGGGAACGAGGGUGAACGACUUCACUGCUCUGGCUAUAACUGGAUACUUUACUUGUGACUUGACCUCCAAACACAUUUCAUCAUUACCAAGCAUGACUUACAACGAAGUUUUGUCCAUAUGUACAAACUACAUUCAGAACAAGACAAGAUCAUCUUUCUCUUAUUUUAUGGGUCUUGCAAAGGCUCGUAAUUUACAUUUGUUGAUGUACGAAGGAGGACAGCACAUUGUAGAGCAUGCGCCUCAACACGAACAAAUAACAAACAAACUCGUGGACAUCAAUGAAAAUGACAUCAUGGAGACCUUGAAUCGUAAUCUUUUAGAUGUUUGGAACGACGUUGUUACUAAGCACAGCACUUCCGUAGGUGGUUUAUUUAAUUACUUUUCAUCAUGUGGCCAAUACUCCAAAUACGGAAGUUGGGGCAUGCUGGAAUACACAGGACAACCUUAUUCUUCUGCUCCUAAAUACCGGGCAGUUCAGAAGUUCAUUUCUUCACAGAGCCAUAACACAGAAGUAGCACCCAGAUGUAGUUUUGUGGAUUUAGGGAGUGUUAGUUAUGGGUGUUUUCUGGUUGGUAAUAGACCAUAUUGUGGUUCUACGACAGACAGAGGACAGAAGUGGACAAUAGAGAAUGGAGCGCUGGGACCGACUAAGACACCUGUGGAAGUAACGGCCUGA